CGUUGCUUAAGGUAUCCUGCUCCUGCAUGAAUCUCUUACUAAUCCUGUCAUGAGAAAGAAUCGUAGGUACAUAUGAGCAGUAUGUGCUUUUAAAUUUGAGCGAACAGGAUGUCUGUCCUACUCCUUUAUUUACAGUAUUAUUUGACGUUAACUAUUGCACUACACUUUCAAUUGACCAUAUGUGUGUAUGCUAGCUGUAAAUAUGACGAGUUUGAAAUCGAAGAUGUGUUUCGCAAUGUUUCCUGCGGAAAGUGCCCAUCUUGUCCUCCUGGAAUGGGUCUAACACCACAAUGUGGCACUUUUGUUAAUUAUGGUGAAAAAAUUGAAUGCAAACCAUGUGAACUUGGAAAAUCCUUCUCUCCUACUCAUGAUAUUCGUUCAUGCCUGCCAUGUGGAAUUUGCUCUGAUCAUGAAAACAUCAAGAGGAACUGUUCCCUGAUGAGGAAUUCACAGUGUGAACAUGGCUGUGGCAAAGGAUUUUACUUUGAAGAAUUAACUGGAGAUUGUCAGCCCUGUUCCUUUUGCUUUUCGUAUCUUUCCUCUUGUAACGUAAAAAAUAGUGAGCAGGAAGGUUGCAAAGACAUGCCGUUUUAUCAACAAUGCGAUGCCAAUGCGAUUGGCUGUCAAUUACUAAAAUGUAGAGAAGAUCAAUACCUUGUUGUAACCCAAGAAAAAGGCAGUGCACACUGCGUGAAUUGUAAAACCUGCCCAGCGGGAACAUCACCCUUUCCUCCAUGUGGCAAAGGAACUAUAAUAAAUAGCAUAGAUGACAUAAAAUGUAUCAACUGCUCUCGUGGCAAAACGUUUUCUAACCAGCAAAGUAAACAAACUUGCAAGGCAUGCUCUACUUGUUCAGUUGGACAGAAAGAACUGACACCCUGCAACCUGACACAUGAUAGGGUUUGUGGUCAAUGCGAAAAAGGAUUCUAUGGUAGUGGCGAAACAGGAUGCAAGCCAUGUUCUGCCUGUUGCAAUGAUAAAGACGACGUGCGAAUUCCAGAAUGUAAAAUGAUGACAAAAAACAAACAAUGUAGUUAUACUGACCGAUCCAUCACUGUGUGUCGGGAACAAAAUAGUCACAGGAAAAUUCCACAAGAGAAGUCCUCUAUCAUUGUAAUACUUUCGACUGUGAUGGCAGUACUUUUUACUAUAAUCUCGACGCUGGUGAUGAUAAAACUCGUAAAAUACCGCAGAAGUAAUAGGUAUCAAAGAUCCGACUCAUGUGCUGCGUUGCUGACAUCUGUAGAGGGAGCACUACAAGGUGAAUCAAUAACAUUGGAAGAUCCAACAACUCAUUGUUCACAAAGGACAUUACAUUUUGAUAAAUCAGGAGUCAUGAUCCAAUUCAAUGAUGCAAGCUGUUUCUUCAAUGAUUCUCAAGGAAUAAGACUAGAAAUAUGUUGUGAUGAAAGUUCUAUGCAUCGUGAGUCAGAUGAAGUACAACUAAGUCCUGUGAUAAAAUUUCAUCCAUUUGGGAAGCAAUUAUCCGAGCCCGUGCAAGUCAGAAUACCUCAUAGUGCUUUGGUAUAUUUAAGUAAUGGCUGGGACAUCAAGCUAAAAAGCUCUAUACCACACAAAGACUCAAUUGCAUGGAAGGAAGAAAACAAGUUUCAAGUCCACAAUAGUGAAGUCAGCUUUCAAGUUGAUAACCUUACCUCCUAUGUUAUCAUCGGUACAUCACGUGAUAAAAACAAACCAACAAAGAAGCGCUUUCAAUGUGCUGUUUUUGGUGGAGUGGGGACAGUUGGUGUGGACUACACAGUAUACUUAUAUGUUUUUGAUGACAGUGAGUCAUCAUUUGAGAAAAUCAUGCAAGCAGAGAAAUCAACCGGUAGAACCUUGCUUGGUUCUCCUCAGUCCCUUUAUAUCGAGAUUAUCAGGAUUAACACCAAAGUAAAUAUCUCAGUCAAACAACCAGUGGAUGGAUGGAUUGUUGGAGAGAGAAGACCAGAGUUCAUUACACAAGCAAGUUUAAAGGAAUCUUAUCAAACAAUUCCCAGAGCAACGAUACAGUUUAAACAUGACAAUGGCCGCAACAGAGACUUCCUUUGUAUAUUGGAACUUACUGCUGAAGAUACAACAACAACAAUUUGCGCAGUUGCCUCAAUUAGAGAGGAUCCAUUUGGAAAGUUUCAAGGGCGCCAACCAGGAUGUGGUAAUGACAGUUAUCCAAUGGUGACUGGGAGAAACUUGUGUGAUCCACUGAUCAUCAACCAAGACAAACCAUCACCCUGCCUGAAAGAUCUUCCAAAAGAGGCGAUUAAAGCUCUUUGUGAGAAACUCGAUAUGCCCCUCAAGGGAGUUGGCAAUUGGAGGCAUGUUGCAACAAGCCUUGGAUUCACUGAGGAAGAGAUUCAGAUUUUCCGAAAUGAAAUGUUGACUUCGGAUGGAAGUCCUUGCACUGUUUUGUUAGAAGCACUAAUGGUGAAGUCGCCUCAGUUCACUGUGGCAGAAUUUGUGCAAAUUCUACAAGCAAGGAAAAUUCAGCGCUUUGAUGCUGUGGAGGUUCUUGAACCCCAUUUACACAGCUAUAGAGAAUGAUCUUCAAAACAAUGAAGAGAUAUUCUCAUCACUUCACUUUUAGACGGACCUGUCGAACUUUCUGGCUUAUGUAUUGACAACACGGAUUGACCACAAAACUGAAAGAAAUAAAAAAAAUAUAAAAAAAUAAAAGACUCCUUAGAGCUCUAGCUUAAACAAAAUAAUUGUC